AUGCAUUUAGUACCCCGAGAGUUAGACAAGCUCGUGAUAUCUCAAGUCGGAUCCCUUGCCCAAAAGCGACUUGCGCGGGGCUUAAAGCUGAACAAGACUGAAGCCACAGCCCUGAUAGCCAAUAACCUUCAAGAGCUAAUCCGCGAUGGCAACCACUCCGUCGCCGCCCUCCAGGCCUACGGAAAGACCAUGCUCGGGCGUCGCCACGUCCUCCCUUCCGUCACCACGUUGCUCACCGAGAUCCAAGUCGAGGGCACCUUCCCAGACGGGACGUAUCUAGUGACCAUCCACGAUCCGAUCAGCAGUGACGACGGCAACUUGGAGGCGGCGUUAUACGGCUCCUUCCUACCGGUGCCAUCAGACGACAACUUCCCGCUGCCCGAGGCGGACGUAUACGAGUCCUCUCGGCAGCCCGGUGCAGUAGUGGUGGCCGAGGAGAAGGGCAAGAUCACGCUCAACGCCGGCAGGAAACUGUGCCAGCUGCGGGUAACGAACAAGGGCGACAGGCCCGUGCAGAUCGGCAGCCACUACCACUUCAUCGAGACCAAUCCGCUGCUCGAGUUCGAUCGCAUCCAGGCGUAUGGUUACCGCCUCAACAUUCCGGCGGGGACGGCGGUGCGCUUCGAGCCCGGUGAUUCGAAGACGGUGACGCUGGUGGAGAUUGGCGGGAGAAAGAUUGUCGCUGGCGGUAAUAGUCUGGCAAGCGGAGUCGUGGACCUGAACCGGGCCGAAGAGAUUGUGGCGAGAUUGCGUCAGGGUGGCUUUGCCCAUGUCGAGGCUCCGGUGAUCCCCAUGGAGCAGGUGAUGGCUGCCACGAUGGCACGGUCAGCGUAUGCGACUAUGUUUGGACCCACCACUGGGGACAUCGUCAGAUUGGGUGAUACGGAGCUAUGGAUCAAAAUCGAGGAGGAUUAUACCAUCUAUGGUGAUGAGUGCAAAUUUGGUGGUGGUAAGACGCUGCGCGAGGGAAUGGGCCAGGCGAGUGGACGAAGUGAUGCGGAAUGUCUUGAUCUUGUCAUCACGAAUGCGGUGGUCGUCGACUAUACCGGCAUCUAUAAGGCGGAUAUCGGUGUGAAGCAUGGUCACAUCGUGGGUAUUGGGAAGGCGGGAAAUCCCGACAUCAUGGACGGAGUUACGCAAGGCAUGGUUGUGGGCAGCAACACGGACGUGAUUGCGGGCGAGGGAAAGAUUAUAACCUAUGGAGCGAUGGAUUCACAUGUCCAUUUCAUCUGCCCCCAACAAGCAGUGGAGACUCUAUCUUCCGGUGUCACAACGGUUCUGGGCGGAGGAACUGGUCCCAGCACCGGUACCAACGCGACGACAUGCACGCCUUCCGCCACCUACAUUCGGGGGAUGAUGCAAGCCACCGAUUCCAUCCCUCUCAACGUCGGUAUCACCGGCAAAGGCAACGACUCGGGAAAGAUCGGUCUGCAAGAGCAGUGCAGGGCCGGCGUUGUAGGGCUCAAGCUUCACGAGGACUGGGGCACCACGCCUGCAGCAAUCGACACAUGUCUCAGCGUCUGUGACGAAUUUGACGUCCAAUGCCUCAUCCACACGGAUACCCUCAACGAGUCCGGGUUUGUCGAGCAGACCAUCGGCGCGUUCAAGGGCCGCACGAUCCAUACGUACCACACUGAGGGAGCCGGCGGAGGCCACGCCCCAGACAUCAUCUCCGUGGUUGAACACCUCAAUGUUCUCCCGUCCUCGACGAACCCAACCCGGCCGUUCACGAUGAAUACUCUGGACGAGCACCUCGAUAUGCUGAUGGUCUGCCACCACCUGAGCAAAAACAUCCCCGAGGACGUCGCGUUUGCCGAGUCGCGCAUCCGCGCGGAAACGAUAGCGGCAGAGGACGUCCUGCACGAUAUGGGUGCGAUCAGUAUGAUGUCGUCCGACUCGCAAGCCAUGGGCCGCUGUGGCGAGGUGAUUCUGCGCACCUGGAAGACCGCAUCGAAGAACAAGCAGCAGCGCGGUUCUUUGCCAGAGGACGAGGGGACCGGCGCGGACAACUUCCGUGUGCAACGGUACAUCGCGAAAUACACCGUCAACCCGGCCAUCGCACACGGCAUGAGCCACAUCAUUGGCUCGAUCGAGCUAGGGAAGCUGGCGGAUCUCGUUGUGUGGACGCCGGCCAACUUCGGCGCGAAGCCGGACUUGGUGCUCAAGAGUGGCUUCGUGGCUUAUGCGCAGAUGGGAGAUCCGAAUGCUAGCAUCCCCAGCGUCCAGCCAAUCAUCGGCAGGGAGAUGUUUGCAGCGAGAUGUUCGCCGGCGAGCGUGAUUUUUGUCAGCGAGUACUCGCUGGCCCACGGAGUGGUGCAGAACUAUGGCCUGUUGAAGAGACUCGAGGCGGUCAAGGGCUGUAGGAACUUGGGCAAGACGGACAUGAAGCUGAAUGAUGCCAUGCCCAGGAUGAAGGUGGACCCGGAGAGUUAUGUGGUCGAGGCGGAUGGGGUGGUGUGCACGGCUGAGCCGAGUGACGUCUUACCCCUUACCCAGGGAUACUUUUUGUUUUGA